CUGAUGAACGGCGCAUUCGUCUUGAUGACAUCCAGCGCCAAGGGCUGCGACAGGCCUGGGGGACCCCUGUCAGCCCCAAUGGAGUUAGCGCGGAUGGUGCAGGAACCAGGCCGGACGAGUGUCGCUCUCCUUUCUGAAACUGUCGCAAGCAACCUCACGCCUUACGACCCCUUCACCGCAUUGCCUCCUUCGUUUUUUUGUUCCCGGCCGUCUGCAAUAUUUUUGACUGGCUUGAUUGAUCACCCUCGACGACGCGAAACCACUCCCGUGCGCGUGUGGCCAUCGCGAUUGCCUCGCUACGAACAUUCCAACCACCUUGGCACUCCCCGCCCUCUCCGUCCAUGAGCCCUCCCUGACACCCAUGCCCCAUCGCGCAGUGUCGUGAAGCCGUCACGGGAGUAUUGCCCAUCUACUGCGACCCUUCCCGCUCCUCUGGUCUGCCACAGCACGCUGUUAGGCUUCGCACCGGCACGACAGGAUGAGCUUCUUUUUCAAAAAGGACAAGGACAAGGCGAAGCCCGGGGCGAGCGCGGCCACCACGCUCCCUCCUGCAUCACGCGACCUGCGAUCCGCCGAUGGAGUUCCGGGCGGUAGCAGCAGCCCGCAACUUUCCUCCCUCAAUGGCGCGCCGACCGCCGCGAUAUCAUCCUCGCCGAUACCCGGCGCGAGCGCGAACAACGCUCUCAAUCCCGCCGCUGCCGAGAGCAUACGGUCUGGCACUUCUUCAGAUGGAAUUGGAGCAACUUCUCCGCAACAAGACAAGGGCUUGUUUGCCCCUGAGAGUGCGGUGCCCGCCAGUCCGGAGCAGAAGAGCAUGGCGCGCGAUCCGAGUAUGAGGAGUGCUGGUCCACCGGAGAGACUGAUGGAGCCGCCCCGACCGCUGAGGCCGCCGCCACCCGUACAGAACCCGCUUCGUCAAGAACCCCGCCCCGAAACCGCCGCAUUAUAUCCGUGGUCAACGCGACCGCUCACCUUCACAGUACAGCACACCAACCCCUUCCCUCGAUACGGUGCUGCGGUCAACGCCAUCGCGAGCAAAGACAGCUCCAUAUACCUGAUGGGAGGUCUCAUCAAUGGAAGUACGGUCAAGGGAGACCUCUGGAUGGUCGAUGCGAGCCCGGGCACAUUGACUUGCUUCCCGGUCGCGACGACGUCCGAAGGUCCAGGACCACGAGUUGGCCAUGCAAGUCUUUUGGUCGGCAAUGCUUUUAUAGUAUUUGGUGGCGAUACGAAGAUGGACGAGGGCGAUCAGCUUGAUGACACCCUGUAUCUGCUGAAUACAUCCACGAAACAAUGGUCCAGAGCUCUCCCCGCUCCGCCCCGACCUCCGGGCCGAUAUGGCCAUUCCCUCAACAUCCUUGGCAGCAAGAUCUACAUCUUUGGAGGACAAGUGGAAGGCUACUUUUUCAACGAUCUCGUCGCAUUCGACCUCAACGCCUUGCAGCAAACCACGAACAAAUGGGAAAUCUUGAUACAGAAUACGAUAGACGGCGGUCCACCCCACGGACAAAUCCCCCCGGCAAGAACGAAUCACACCAUGGUGACCUGGGGCGAUAAACUGUUCCUCUUUGGCGGCACAGACGGUGUCAACUGGUUCAAUGAUGUCUGGUCUUAUUCCCCGCAAACCAACUCCUGGACCCAGCUCGAGUGCAUUGGAUAUAUUCCUUCGCCACGUGAGGGCCACGCCGCAGCACUCGUCGGGGACGUCAUGUACAUCUUUGGAGGCCGAACCGAGGAAGGGACCGAUCUUGGCGAUCUUGCCGCCUUCCGCAUCAGCUCGCGACGAUGGUACACCUUUCAGAACAUGGGACCGAGUCCCAGUCCUCGAUCCGGUCAUAGCAUGACGACCGUGGGCAAGCAGAUUGUUGUCCUCGCUGGAGAGCCGAGCAGCGCACCCCGAGAUCCCGUCGAGCUGUCGUAUGCUUAUUUCCUCGACACUUCGAAAAUCAAGUACCCUCCCGAUGCUGCGCCUGCCGCCGCUCAACAACAAUCAAGAGCAAUACAAAACGGCCUCCCGGGGAGCCGCUCUCCGACAUCACCAAGAGACUUGCAGCAGCGAGAGCGCUUUACGAGCAAUGAGGACCUCAGAGCACGCGGUGCAGAGGUCAUGCGGAACAACAGCGGCGCCCGACUUCCUCCAGGCAUUAUGGCGCAGAAUCAAUUACCUGCACCCGUUGGACCCGUGCCCCUAGUGCCUGAGCAGCAGCUCAAGCCAAAUGGAAUCCCCGCUUCCCGACAGCCGAGUCGACCGGAGCGCUCCCUCAGCCCUCAAGCCGAUGCCAGUCGUGCUCAAGAGUUGAAUAGAGUUGCAUCGCCCACAGGUCAAGUGCCUCGAGGCGGCCCGGUGCAGGCCCUGCCAUCGUCUCCCAGCUUCCCCCCCGACCGCUCGUACUACGACAGCGAGAAUUCCAGAAUGUACAAGCCCGACACCUACCAACCAUCGCAAACGCAAGCCGCUGCUUCGAAAUCUCCCGUACCCGACGCCGACCGCGCAGACGAUUCCUCGAGGUCCUCGUCCGACCAGACGCCCACCGCUCGUGAACUGCACGAAGAAGACGAUCCGCAGGACUCAGGCAUUGGCUCCUCACCGGCCCUCACGCAACAGUACGACGUCAUGGCGCGAGAGCUGGAAUCUCUCAAGAAGCGCAAUGCCUGGUAUGCCUCCGAGCUGGCCUUGGCGCGGAAAUCCGGCUAUCAAUCUCGGUCCACGGACUCCCCCGUGCUGGACGCGCGGGCUCCGGAUGUGUUUGGCGAAGACGACAAGCCUUUGAUUGAAGCAUUGCUGGCCAUGAAGGCUGAGCUCGCACGUGUGCAGGGAACGAUUGACUCGCAAAGCAAGAGCGCUGCGGAGCGCAUUGCGGAAAUCGAAAAGCAGCGCGACGCGGCCAUCGGUGAAGCCGUAUAUGCAAAGACUCGUCUGGCCGGCCAGGGAAGCCCGCAGCCGGACGGCGAGGGCAAGCGAAGCGUCGAUCUGGAUAGGAAUAGUGACAUGAGUCGCCGACUUGCUUCUUCGUUGAACGCGCAGACUGAACUGAGCAAGCGGAUCGAUGGGCUGAUUCAAGAGUUGGAUAAUGAGAAACGGGCACGCCAGCUGGCUGAAGAGCAUGCAGAUGCAGCACAGAGCCGGGCGAUGGAGCUGGAUUCAUCUCAUCAAUCGCACGGCACGCAGAUGGAGGAAAUGCGAACUGCAUUGUAUGCUGCGCAAAGUCAAGCGAGAGAAGCGUCGGCAAGCCAUGCAGAGAUCAAGUCGCAGCACGACUUGCUGGCCAUCGACCAUACAGAGAAGUCCGGACAGCUUGACAGAGCGCUAGCCGAGACGCAGAACCAUACCGACAUCCUCUCGUCUUUGCGCGAUGCCGUCGCUGCUUCCACGGAGAAGGCUGAGAUGCUCGAACACCGUCUGGAAGAGGAACGAGGACAGCGCUCCGACCUUGAGCAGCAGCUGCGAGAGCUGCAGGCCGAGCACGACUCUCGAUCGAUGGAGCUGGACGACACUUCUCGCCGCCUUCGCGAUGCCGAGGAACUCUCCAGCAAGCAUGCUGAAGAAGCGAGAACCCACCGCGGCGUUCUCCUCGCCGGCCUGGACAAGGUGACUUCGCGCGGUGUAGAUCCCAGUGCUGCAGCAGACGAGCGCGUCAGCACAUUGAAGCAGCAAGUGGAAUCGGCAAACGCAAUGGUUCGACAAAACCAAGCUGCUGCCGACACGGCGGCCGAGAAGCUCCGAGCGGCGGAAGCGAGGAUCGCAGGGCUGGAAUCCGCCCAGCAGCAGGCCAGCCGAGAUGGGUUGUCCAUCCGCAAGCAGCUUCAAACCGUCACGAAGGAGCACCAGGAGCUGUCGUCGAAGAAGAUGGAGCUCGAGCAGAAACUGCAAACCCAGGUGCUCGAGACGAAUGCAAUUGCGGUGCAACACGCCUCGCUCCGCGACGUGCUGAGCGAUCGUGGCCUCAGUGCUGCUGAUGUUCGGAGAUCCCGAGCUCUCGACUCCCCCAGCAGCAUGAGCCGCUUCGGCACCCCAGAUCUGCAGCGCAUGAAAGAGCUCGAGCAGCAGCUGGAUUCGAGCAUGAAGAGCCACGACGAAAUGAAGCAGCAAUUCGAACAAGUCAACGCGCGCGACGAGACGACGAGACGCGAGUACGAGGAGAAGCUGGCGGCGCUAGACAACGACCACCAAGCGGCGGUGAAGUACCUGCGCGGCACGGAGAAGAUGCUUUCCAAGAUGAAGCAGGAGCUGCAGCGCAUCAAGGACGAGAAUCGAGAUCUUAAGAAGAAGCUCGACAAGCCGAGCCAGGAAGGCGAUGUCGCCCGCAGCGCCAGCUCCGCCGACGCCCCCGCCGCCGACUGGGAAGUCGAACGCGACAGGCUGAAGGGCGAGCUGGCGGAGGUCCAAUCGCAUCUCAAGAACAUGUCGGAGCUCGAAGGCCGCCUCUCCGUCACGCAGCAGCAGCUCCGCCUCGCCGAGGACGAAAUCCAACAGGUGCGCACCCGCCACGCCACCGCGCAGGCCGACUUCACCACGCUGCAAGCCAGCCACUCGCAGACGAAGUCCGACAUUGAGCGCCUGCAGCAGCAAAACAGCAGUCUCGAGUCCCGCGCGCGCGACGCGGAGAAUAAGGUCCAACUCCUCCUCGACCAAGUGGAGUCGAGCGUGGACAACUACCGGCGGCAAUCGCGCAUCAGCGACGCCCCGACCAUGCUCAACGGCGGCACCUACCAGCCCUCCGGCGGCAACAUCCACCCCACCAGCGGAGACACCACCUCUUCUUCCUUCGUCCAGCACACCCGUGGCCUCUCGGAUGGCGCGUACAGCACCCUCUCCACCGCCACGGACCCCACGCGCAAUUCCCAAGCGCUCGACUCCCUCGCUUCCGAACUCGAGACGCUGCGCUCCCACUGGGAGACGACGAACCGCAGCUACCACCGCAUGAGCGAUCGGUACGACGGGAAUGAAGCGUACAGUGGGGAAGUGCUGCAUCCGGGGCUGGAUAUCAAUUACGGGGAGAGUGAGGAGGGGGAGGAGGGCGAGCGGACGGAGACGGAGGAGGAGGAGGGGCAUUCUGAGGAUGAGGAGCACGCUGGGGAGGAGGGGUAUGAGGAGCGGAGGAGGAGCGGGCUUGCGGUUACGACGGCGGCGCAUUAGGUGGAUGGAUGGGCAUGGGACGGGGAUUGUGAUGGAUUAAUGACGGAUUAAAGAAAUUCAGCGCUGGGAAAAGGGGGCGACUUUUUGCUAGCCUUUUUUGUGUCUUUUGUAUUUCAUGGGAGGGAGGUUGUCUUGAUCGACCUUGAACGUUUUGGACUCGGGCGAGACAGAAGAGGCGUGAUGGGCUGGGCCGGGGAAGUGCUGGUAUAUAGGCCUGGAC